AUGUGUUGUGCGGUAAUCUCGUUGGGUGCAUUAAAUGCACCCAGAUCUUUGGGGUCCAUUUGGUGCGGCGAUAAUGGUAUGGCAAUCACUGGUUUGAGCAUUUGGGGAGCAGUUGGAGGCAGCGGAGCAGUUGGAGGCAGUGGAGCAGUUGGAGGUGGCGGUCGAAAUCGUCCUAGGCAAAAGGUGGUUCUCAAAGUUCUAACCAUAGCCGAUGAGAAGACCAAGAAAAAAGCCAUCGAAGCUGCUGCAGAUAUCUACGGGGUUGAUUCAAUAGCGGCGGAUCUAAAGGAACAGAAGCUGACGGUGAUAGGGCAGAUGGAUGCAGUGGCGGUGGUGAAGAGGUUGAAGAAGGUGGGAAAAGUGGACAUUGUGUCAGUUGGACCCGCAGUGGAAGAGAAGAAAGAAGAACCCAAGGAGGACAAACAAUAA